AUGACACCGGCCAUUCAUACCAUUAGACUUGCGCACAAGGUUGAAGGCGCUGGUUUCAGGGCCAUAGAUGAGAGCUCCCAGAUUCCCUCAACCCAUGGGUGGUCCCGCGAAGGCGAUGUAAUUCAACAGGCGGAACUCAGCAUUCUGAAAAGUGAGGAAUCAAAGGGGGGAUCGGAAGGCGAUUCCAAGACUGUAACUUCAGGGCCCAGAUUCUUCUCGAAACUACUUGGCGCGGUCGGAAUUGGCGGCGCUGACGUAACUUUGCAUGAAGUACUUCCUGACAGGGAGAAACAAAUGGACCAUACCAAACCCUAUGUUGUGCGAUGUUGGACUGCUGCCCAUUCGCGACAGGAGUCCUGGGACACAGCCUUUGGCGGAACAUUCACCGCAUCAUUUAUUGCCAAUUGUCGUAAAUUCAGGAAUAGUCCCAACUGGUCUAAAGAAUUCACUUACAGGAGACUAUACGAACAAGUCAGCUCUGAAAUCACUAACAUUCAAAAAGCCAGCAUUUGGAAUUUGAAAAGCGGACCUAAUCCUCAGUUCGUCCAGCUAUGGAGCUCUCUUCCCGAUGAUACACAAGGAAGCAAGGACGACCUUUUGAACUCAACUGUUAUACUCUGA